AGGCAGCGAUACUCGUUAGUCUGCGUUAGCUGAUCACAUCGGCAACAUGAUCCGCUACACCGCUGCAAUUCAAUCGCGUAUUUAUUGCAGUCAUAAUAAGUGUUGUUCAAAUGCGUAUUUUUAACCUUAGUGCCUGCAGUUAUAUUGCAAUAUUGAACUAACACGUGUUGCAAUUUUUCGGUUUGAAUUAAAAAAAAAAAAUCACAAAUCCGAAAGUCCAUUACAAAAAAUAUCAUUAUUUACCGAAUAGUUUCCCAGAAGAUAAAACUUUAAAAAGUUUAUUUAGUCAACUUUUUUAAACUCGUUUUAUUACAGUUCAAGGGUUUUAUAAUAUCGUUUUUAUUUCCGAAACGUUCCGCUCAAAAACACAAAAAAUUCAAACAGAACUGCGAUGGGUGACAGGAACGGUUCAAAAUUCGGUUCGGAACUGCAUCACAAUCAGGAUGACGCCCGAGUGCAGUUCACGGACAGUAACAGUGCAGCAGGUGUCAGUGGCGGCGACGCUUUGGCAUCCGCAAGCUGUUGCGACAACCGACUGCCAGCCACCGCGGCCAACCUCGUGGCCGCUAUCCUGGCAGUGGUCAUCGCGUGGACGCUGUUGUACGUGAACAUUUCGCCUGAGCUGAUGGCCAUGCCUGGUGGUAGUCUAGCGUCCAUAUUCGUGCUGUACGUGACAGGCACGGUGGCCGGGUGGCUCAUCACCAAAGUCGGUGGUCUGCCUCCACUACUUGGCAUGAUGUUGGCCGGUAUCGCUCUCCAGAAUUCCGGUCUAUACAACGUUACCGGUUGGUGUUUCCAUUUGGUGUCCACAAUGAGAGAAGCCGCACUCACUGUCAUAUUGAUCAAAGGUGGCCUGGAGUUGAACGCCGGCCAGUUGCGCCGGCUCAGCGGUGUAGUGGCCAGGCUCACGGUGUUGCCAUGCGUGGCCGAAGCUGUGGCCGCGGGUGUGGCAGCCCAUUUUAUUUUACCCGAUUUCUCGUUGGUUUGGGGCCUGACGCUUGGAUUUACCUUAUCAGCCGUCAGUCCGGCAGUAUUAGUUCCUAGUCUGUUCCGACUAAAACGCGUAGGGUACGGUGAAGUAAAAGGUAUUAACACGCUGUUGAUUGCUGCUUCAAGUUUGGACGACGCUGUAUCCAUCAGCGCUUUUGGUAUUUUAUUAGGAGUCCUAUUCUCAAACGGUAGCUUGACCAGUAAGAUAAUACAAGGACCAAUCGACGUGGCAAUUGGAACCAUGGUGGGACUUAUAUGGGGUUGCAUUUUGAUUUUUGUGCCUCCAUCACCAUGGGCCAUGAUAUAUAAUACACGAGAAAAGAAAGUUCAAAAUACAACAAAAUCUGAAAUAGAAAAUUCCAUUACGGCAAAAAGGUCAUUUCUACUGGGCGCGGGAGGGUUCUUGGCUGUGACCGGAAGUCAGUGGUGUGGAUAUCCGGGAGCAGGACCUCUGGCAUGCAUCAUAUCAGCUUUCGUCGCGGCGACUGGUUGGAGGAAACGGACAGCGGAACAUAGACGCAACAACCCAGUGAUCUCGGAUGACAGAGUGAACCGAGAAGAUGUCGAGGAAAUCGAGGAGGACGGUGAGCUUGCAGUCGUACAGGUGUUCGAACACGCUUGGACAUGUCUGCAGCCUGUGCUGUUCGCGUUCAUAGGCACCGACCUCAAGUUUGAACUGCUGAAACGUGGUGACAUGAUCUUCCUCGGACUAAUCGUACUCGGGUUCGGACUUGUGAUUCGUUUAAUGGUCACCACUUGUUCAGUGGUCGGUUCAGGAUUCAGUCGAAAAGAAAUACUAUUCAUUAAUAUCGCAUGGCUUCCAAAAGCUACAGUACAGGCUGCUUUAGCACCGGUGGCUUUGGACAUCGCAAGGAAUUUGGGUACAGCAGAAGACGUAGAGUGUGCAACUAGACUGGUAACAAUAGCUGUGAUUUCUAUUUUGCUGACGGCGCCCGUAGGCGCAUUUGGCAUACAGUUAUUUGGUCCUAGACUGUUGCCCAGAAACAGUUAA